AUGUUCGGCCGAAACUUCCAAGCAUCAGUCCCCCGCGCCCGGACCCUCAUUCUCCAAAAUCGCCAAUUCUCAGUUUCCUCCAUCAGAAAUGAAGAAAGUGGCAACAAUAAUGAUGAUAAACCCAAAACUCUGAAAAUUCCUGUCGACAUUUCUUCACUCCUACGCAUUCGCCGCACAAGCACUGCGCCGCCGGCCGAGCGCCGCGUGACUGCCUCUGCCGAAGAUCUGGGACUUGAUUCUCCGGCUCCCCCGAUGACAAGGAGUGGUGGCUUUUCCCAGUUGGAGCAUCAUGAUGGGCAGCAGCAACACCAACAGAACAUUACAGGUGGGUACUCUUCUAGGCCGCCGCCCCUACAGGGGCCGGCUUCCGAUCGGGGUCCUAGGAUCAUCGCUCCGCAGGGGGGAUUUUUUCGCACGGACAUGGGAGGGGGUUUUGGUGGUGCUCAGCGGGGUGGUGGGUUCGGCAUGAACCGUGGCGGCAGCAGCAGAGGUGGGUUUGGGAUGGGUAUGGGAGCUCGGGGGGGUAGAGGCGGUGUUGGUGCUUGGGGUGGUAGAGGCACAAGAGGUAGAGGUAGGGGUCGAGGCCGCGGCCGUGGGCGAAGAGGCGACGAUGAAAACGCGCCGUCUUCUAGAUUCGCCCGCAUCAGGAAGUCUCUCCAACCGCCGCCGAAAUUACCCGAGAGCGUAUACUCUCCGGCUGACUUUUCUGAGAUGGACUUGAUGGAGUAUAUCCCUGCCACGCAAUUGACCGUCACCGGCGGGGUUUCUAGCGAGUUGAUGGAUAGAGUUCCUAUCACUGAGAAUACCAGGGAGUGGUCGAAGACUAGGUGGCAGAAGUAUCAGGACUGGCGGGAGAGGGUGGCGAAGGAGGUUGUCGCCGGGGAGUAUGAUGAUCCCGCUGGCGAUGUCGGGCCGUACGGGGAGGUGCGUAGGCUGAUUACAGUUAAUGGGUCAUAUACGGAUAAGGCGAAGGGGAAACUGUUUACAGAGGUUAAAAGGAAUGUGCCGAUUGAGUUGAUCCCUCCCCCGCCCGGGCAAGUGAAGGGGGAGAUUUCGGCUGGGGAAGGGAAUUGA